UCAUGGUUUUCCUUUCUUAGUUUAUAGACAAGUAAAGGAAGGGGAGUUAAAAGAUGUUUGAGGAAUUGCUUACUUCAAAUUGGGCCAUUUUUACGGCUGUGCUAGGAGCAGCGUGUUUAAUAUGGGUUUUAUAUGGAAAGAGAAAGACAAAACAGACGGAGACUGACAAGUAUAACGCUUUCAAGUCAAACUAUAUCGACAAUUUGGCUUCGAAAGAAAGGAAAUUAGAUGAAAAAAUACGAAAAGAAAGCAAAAGGAAGAUCAAAGUUUUAUAUGGAACUCAAACUGGAAAAUCCAAACAUUUUGCGGACAUGUUUGGGAAAGAUGCUGUUUAUAAAGGAUACACCUGUGAAGUGAUGAAUAUAAAAGAAUAUGAUCCAGAUGAACAAUUAGCAUUUGAAAGUGAAAGUAUGAAUUACCUAGUGAUUUUUAUAUCUACAUACACAGAAGGAGCACCACCAGAGGGAGCUGAAUGGUUUGUGAAAUGGCUAGAGGAAAGUGCUUUGGAUUUUAGAGUGCAAAAAAGUAUACUGCGCAAAUUACAGUAUGCUGUGUUUGGUCUUGGUAAUUCUCUGUAUGGAAAUAAUUUUAAUGCUGUAGCUAAAAAAGUUGACAGUUGUCUACAUAAACUGUCUGGGCAGAGAAUUUUGGCAGUUGGUCUUGGAGAUGAUAAUGGUGGACUUGAAAAGGAUUAUUUUGCCUGGAAAAGAGAAUUUUGGAAGAAACUAAAGCAUGAACAUUCUGUUGACCUCCCUAAAGAUGCAUGUAAUAAUGAUAAAUCCAAAUGUGGUAGUCAGUGCAGCUGUCAAGAGAAGGAUAUAGCUAACUCUGAAGAUUCUGGGAGUGAAGAUGAAUCCAAAGAAGAGACAUCUGAAAAUGACAUUGUUGAUGUUGAAGAUCUGGGCAAUGUCAUGGGAAAAUCUAAAAAGGAUUUAUCAAAGAAUGAACCCACUGAGAUGAUUACUCCGCUUGUAAAGACUUCAUUGGAAAAGCAAGGUUACAAACUGAUUGGAUCACACUCGGGAGUAAAACUGUGCAGAUGGACAAAGUCAAUGAUGCGUGGAAGAGGAGGAUGCUACAAGCACACCUUUUAUGGCAUUGAAAGUCAUAGAUGCAUGGAAACAACACCAAGCCUAGCUUGUGCCAACAAAUGUGUAUUCUGUUGGAGACACCAUACCAAUCCUGUUGGCACAGAAUGGCGAUGGAAAAUGGAUGAUGCUGAAUUUGUGCUAAAAGGAGCUUUACAAAAUCAUAAGGGCCUUAUUAAACAAUUUAAAGGUGUACCUGGUGUUCAGUCUGAAAGGUUUUCUGAGGCCAUGACACCUAAGCACUGUGCCCUUUCACUCGUUGGAGAACCCAUAAUGUAUCCAAAAAUAAGCAAGUUUAUUGAUCUUUUGCAUGAUGAGGGGAUUUCAACAUUUUUGGUAACCAAUGCCCAGUUCCCUGAUGCAAUACGAGAACUGUCUCCAGUCACUCAGUUGUAUGUUAGUGUGGACGCCAGCACUAAAGAAAGUCUGAAGAAAAUAGAUCGUCCUUUAUUUCGCGACUUCUGGGAAAGAUUCUUAGAUAGUCUUGAUGCAUUGUCAGAGAAAUGUCAAAGAACAGUUUACAGAUUGACUUUAGUCAAAGCUUUGAAUACAGAUGAAUUGGAUAGCUAUGCAAAGUUGGUAUCCAGAGGAAAACCUGAUUUUAUUGAAGUGAAGGGUGUCACUUAUUGUGGUGAGUCAAAGGCAUCUAAUCUUACAAUGGAGAAUGUACCAUGGCACACAGAAGUUGUCAACUUUGUGCAAGAACUGGUGGACAGAUUAGAUGGGAAUUAUGAGAUUGCAUCAGAACAUGAACAUUCAAACUGUGUUCUAGUUGCACACAAAAAGUUUUUAGUAGAGGGGAAGUGGUGGACAUGGAUAGACUACCCAAAAUUUCACUCUCUGAUCAAACUGCACAGAGAGAGUGGAGGAAAUCAGAAAUUUUCUGCAGAGGAUUACAUGGCACCAACACCAGAGUGGGCUGUGUUUGGAGCAGAAGAAAGAGGAUUCGAUCCUAAAGAAGUCCGACAUUUUAGAAAAAGACAGAAAGAUAUUUCUGGGUGCUAAUGUUUUGAAUGCCCUAAUACUCUCUCAAACUGUUGUACAGCAUAUUAUAUCACAAGGAUAAUUAAAUUGGCAAAUGUGCACAUAUAUUGUCAAGUGUUUUGAAUUUUUUGUAAUAAUUUUAUAAAUGUAACAAACUAGCAGUUUGAAAAUUUUCAUGAAUAUUUCAUGGUUAUUUGAUAUCAAAACACAUUGAGGUGAUCCUUAUAGACUUACUUUUUAGCUCACCUGAGCCGAAGGCUCAAGUGAGCUUUUCUGAUCACAUUUUGUCUGUAGUCCGUCUCUCUGUCCAUCUGUAAACUUUUCACAUUUUCGACUUCUUCUCAAGAACCACUGGGCCAAUUUCAACCAAACUUGCCACAAAGUAUCCUUGGGUAAAGGGGAUUCAAGUUUGUUCAAAUGAAUGGCAUUAAAUUAAAAAAUCUUCUCAAGAACCACUGUGCUUGAAAACAUGAAACUUAUGUGGAAGCAUCCUCAGGUAGUGUAGAUUUAAAUUUGUUCAAAUCAUGACCCCCGGGGGUAGGGUGGGGCCGCAAUGGGCGAUCAAAGUUUUACAUAGGAAAUAUACAGGAAAAAUCUUUAAAAAUCUUCUUCUCAAGAACAGCAAAGCCAUAAUUGGUCAUAUUUAUAUGUUAGCAUCCUCAGAUAGUGUAGAUUCAAGUUUCUUCAAAUCAUGACCCCCAGGGGUCGGGUGGGGCCACAAUGGGUGAUCAAAGUUUUACAUAGGAAUAUAUAGGAAAAAUCUUUAAAAAUCUUCUUCUCAAGAACAGCAAAGCCAUGAUUGGUCAUAUUUACAUGGAAGCAUCCUCAGAUAGUGUACAUUCAAAUUUAUUCAACUCAUGACCCCCUGGGGGUCGGGUGGGGCCACAAUGGGCGAUCAAAGUUUUACAUAGGAACACAUAGUAAAAAUCUUCUUCUCAAGAACAGCAAAGCCAUGGUUGGUCAUAUUUAUAUGGUAGCAUCCUCAGAUAGUGUACAUUCAAAUUUGUUCAAAUCAUGACCCCCGGGGGUCGGGUGGGGCCACAAUGGGCGAUCAAAGUUUUACAUAGGAACACAUAGUAAAAAUCUUUAAAAAAAACUAUUUGUUAAGAAUAGCAAAGCCAUGAUUGGUCAUAUUUAUAUGGUAGCAUCCUCAGAUAGUGUACAUACAAAUUUGUUCGAAUCAUGACCCCUGGGGGUCGGGUGGGGCCACAAUGGGCGAUCAAAGUUUUACAUUGGAACACAUAGUAAAAAUCUUUAAAAAAACUAUUUGUUAAGAAUAGCAAAGCCAUGAUUGGUCAUAUUUAUAUGGAAGCAUUCUUAGAUAGUGUACAUUCAAGCUUGUUCAAACAUGACCCCUGGGGGUCGGAUGGGGCCACAAUGGGUGAUCAAAGUUUUACAUAGGUUAAAUCCUUAAAAAUCUUCUACUCAAGAACAGCAAAGCCAUGAUUGGUCAUAUUUAAAUGGAAGCAUCCUCAGAUAAUGUAGAUUCAAAUUUGUUCAAUUCAUGACACCCCCCCCCCCCCCAAACCACUUUUAUAUUUAAACUUUUCAACCUUUCAAGAUUGAAGUGAUUUCUGCUUUUUCCUAGCCAUAGUGCUCAGGUGAGCGAUGUGGCCCCUGGGCCUCUUGUUAUCCUGUACACUUGACUUUUAAGCAUUCUUUUUUUUCUCACGUGUACGUACAUGAUCAUUUCAUUAUGACGAAGUCUUAAUUUUAAUAAUUUUGCUUAUGUUAAUCUGUCAAAAUAAAACAUUAAAGUAUUCAA